AUGAACGUUCUCGGUGAGCUGAAGGAGAAGGGGGAAGAAGAGAUGACCCGGAUGAAGCAGCUGGACGAUGUCCUGAAGAACAUCGGCCAGUCCCGGAAGAGCGCCGUCGGGGAUAUCAAUAAAUGUUUUGACAACCUGCAGAGGGAGCUGCAGGAAAGGAGGCAGUUCCUGUUAUCCCAGGUGGAGCUGCGGGCGGAUCAACACGCCAGUAUUGUCAAACAUGCCAAGGCUUCCCAUCAGGUCCUGAAUGAAAAGAUAAGGAAGUUAUCACAGAACAUAUCAAGAGGUCGUAAGUAUUCUUAUCCAGCUAUUAUCGCAUUACUUCAAGAAACAGCCAAGGAUGUUGAGUUUGCCCGGAAGGGGGUCUGCUUUGUGCCCUCGAACACCCAGCAUCUCUUCUCCAUCCUCCAGACAGCAGGGCUGGUUAGGUCCAUCACCUUCACCCCAGCGGAGAAGCCCUUGGGAGUUCCUGACGCCGUCAUAUACAAUGAAAUAUCCCUGGAUCCUAUCAACAUCCCACAAGGUUCACUUGGAGACCAGGUUGUUGUAUUGAAGACUACCAGCAAAAAUCGAACUCUCUUUUGUCCACAGUUAGAAUGGGAUACCAGCACCGCCAAUAGGAGUGUCACUACAUCCGGGCCUGUGAUCACAAACACCAGACCAGAGCCGCCAUUGUCCAACAGCGGAUGUCGUAUACAGGCUGACCGACACGUCAUGACCUCCAAGCCAUUGUUGAUGAGGAACGGGCAACAGGCCAUGUACCAAGUCAAAGUGAAGUACAGCCCCAAGAUGCUGAUCCAAGACAACAAGAUGCUCUUUGAGGUGUGUCUCACUGACUCGCCAAUAGAUUCUGUGUGGAGUCAGCCGAGCGGACUCAGCGUCAACUUGGCUUCCUGCUCACACCAUCUACAGCAGCUUUGUCUCAGGGUCGUCUACGACAACCAGCUUCUUGAAGACACGCCCGUUGCACAGAACGAGGUCGGCGUGUCACGUGAUCUGCAUCUUGGCUUCGUGUUGAAUUCCGCUAGGAACGAGAUACAUGUGAUCGACGUUGAAGAUGUCAAAAUCAUCAGCACUGUGACGGACGUGGACUUCGACAACCCGCUGUGGUUGAUGAUGAUGCUGGCGUGGCCGUCGUGGGCUAACAUGGCUGUGGCGCUUGCAUCAGGAACGAGGAUGGAUGUUUCAAAGGACAUCAACAGACUUCUGUCUUCGCUUUAGCAGUGGACAAUCUGAUGAACAGGACGACAUGUUGAAAAGGUGCACAAGGACCUAAUAACUUGAUAAAAGUUUAUGCCAUGUUAUGUGAAAGGAUAAGGCCCAAUUAUGUGAAAAGAUAAGGCCCAAUCAUUUGAAGGAUAAGGCCGAGUUAGGUAAAACGAUAAGGCCCAAUCAUGUGAAAGGAUAAGGCCGAGUUAUGUGAAACGAUAAGGCCCAAUUGUAUGAAAGGAUAAGGCCGAGUUAUGUGAAAAGAUAAGGCCCAAUCAUGUGAUGGAUAAGGCCGAGUUAUAUGUUUCAGUGCUCUAUCAAACAUUGUUGAUGCAGAAAAAAAUGGUCACUUCAAUUAGUUUAUAAUUUCAUGCACUAAAGAUAUUUGUUGUCAAAAGGUUAUAUUUUUAUGUUGCAAAGUACAAAGUUCUAAAAUAGUGUAGUAAUUUUCAUUGUAAAAUUUGGUUCAGAUGAGGUUCAGAAAGUCUAGCUUGGCUAUAACUGUUAUUAGUUUUCCAAAAAGUAUUAUCAUGAUUGUCAUACCAGAUUACUUCCCCUUAUUGUGAGUGUUGCUCCUCAUCAGAGCACAUGGCUUGUCACUGCCUCCAUGUUGGAGACAUUCAGCUGUUGUAGUUGGCAUGAACACAAAUGUGAGUAGCAUUGUUUGCUAUUGUAAUAUAUUUCAAGGCAUAAUAAGGUAAUAUUAUUUGAAGGCUUUGUUAAUUGUACAUUUUAUUCAUUUAUCUUGUAACUGUUAAUUUGAAGUAAUUUACUUAGACUUGUCAUGUAGUUUGACUGUUAGGAAUAAUUUACUUAGCAAGUCUUUAUUUCUGCUUUGUAGUUUUCUGAACCUCACCAAGCCAAAGAAAGAAGUCAAAGUGAAAUUGAACGUAUACCAGAAUAAAUUUUGGUGCGAGUAAAGAAUUUUUGUGUCUUGCAUCCACAAACAUAAAGUGUUGGCUAUAAUAUAUACUACUCAAAAUAUAUAAGUUAAAGAUGAUGAUAGAUAAACUUUAGUCAUGUAAAAAAUCGAAAUAAACAUCAGGAUACAUAAUAAGUUCAGGUCCAACUAUG